AGUACAGGAUCUCCCCCAGCACUGCUCAAACCUUCCUGACCGGACGCGGCGCUGUUUGAAGCGAGCACCGCGGCUCGUCUGUUUCAACUGGUGUCCAUUGAACGUCGGAAGUUGGUUCUGAUAGUUAGUGAAACUUGACAAAAUGGCAGAAGACAGCAGUUAUGAGUCAAUGCUCUGUGUUAAGCCCGAAGUUCACGUUUACCGGAUCCCGCCGCGGGCCUCUAACCGAGGAUAUCGUGCUGCUGACUGGAAGCUGGAUGAACCUGCAUGGAGCGGUAGGAUGAAAAUCACUGCUAAAGACAAGAUCGCCUACAUUAAGUUAGAGGACAAAAACACAGGAGAGUUGUUUGCCCAAGCUCCAGUCGAACAGUAUCCAGGGUGUGUAGUUGAAUCAGUCACAGACUCCAGCAGAUAUUUUGUGAUCCGGAUAGAAGAUGGCAAUGGACGUCAUGCUUUUAUCGGUCUGGGUUUUGCUGAUCGUGGAGACUCAUUUGACUUCAACGUAGCUUUACAAGACCAUUUUAAGUGGGUGAAGCAAGAAGGCGAGCUCGCGAAACAGGAAGCUUCUGAUAUUGUAGCACCUAAACUGGACCUCAGCUUCAAAGAGGGACAAACGAUCAAGAUCAGCAUUGGGAAUAUCAAGAAGAAGGAAGCAGGCGGAGUCAAACCGCGCGGCAUGGCCGGGGGUCUUCUCCCACCUCCACCAGGUGUAAAGGUUGGAGGUGUCAUACCGCCUCCUGUGGGACAGCCGGCAGUCUCGGCUGAGCAGACUAACCCUGCCUCUCUUUUAGACUUUGGGUCCCCCGGCCCUGCAGCCCCACCCAGCGCCGACGUGUGGGGGGAUUUCACAUCUGCAGGCUCAAACUCCAGUAAAGAUGCUGUCACAACGGGAUGGGUGCAGUUUAGUUGAGCGGUGACAAAACGUGCACACACUCAGGUUCCAUACAUUCCCUGGGCAGGACGAUUGUGGCAAAAAGAAACUAAGCGAGAGGAAAUGUUAGCAAACGUGACUGGCUCAUUUGUUCUGUAAAGAAUAUGUUCACAUAAACUAUAGCCCGCUGACCAACACACUCUGGAGGAACAAACCGCAAACAUGUACAUAUUUUUUAGAAUCUUACAUUUGUCUCACACUCUGCUAUGAAGCGGGAUCUUUGAUUUUAGAAGUGGGGUGGUCACUAAAGCGAGUGUCUGCUCCCCUGAAGAACAGUGAGCAUGUUGAUGGUUCAAAGCAAAGAUUUUCUUGUUACACUAACCAGAUGAAAACAUCUAUCCAAUGCCUUCAAUCAAAUGUUCCCUUGUUUUAUUUCUAGUUUCUAUUUCGUUUCACUGUUAAUCUGUCCACAAUCAGAUUUGAUCGUAUUCCUCGUCUUUACGUCCUCAUGCUUCAUCGCAGUUAUCUAAUUUACACCAGCACCACUCAUCUCAAGGUUGUUUUUACCAUUUUGGGAACAUUAGUUUACCCAUUGAAGUAUUUGUUUAGCUUUAUACCAGUAUGUGUGAAUUUUGUUUUCUGUUUCCUAGUUUUUGUUUUAGGAGAUCUUGCAAAACUAUAUUCAUAUUUUAUCAUUUGUUUUACAUUAAACUUCUUAAGCCUUCAUCAAAUAUACCCAGAUUUUUUAGAUCAUGGUUUUGGAAAACGUCUUGAUGGCUAUUUUAUGUCUGUCAUUCAAAGUCUGAACAUGUUUUUGUUCAUGUUUGUGUACGCCCUUUAUAUGUCUUUACCUCGUGUGUUGUUGCUUUUAAAAUGUGCCUUUUACCAAACUGAAAUUUCCUCAAUCUCGUCGCUAAUUUGCGAGUAUUUGAUUAAGUGCCUUUCUAAAAAAAGAUCUCAAAUGUAUAAAAUGUAAACCUAUGUCCUCUUGUAAAUAAACAAUAUAUUUCCUUGA